AUGAAGGGCAUGCUCCAGACCGUGAAACGGAAGCUCAGUACGAACGGCGAGCACAUGGCUAACGCUCUGGAUCGCAUGGACGUGGACGGAGGAAGCGCCGGGCACCGAGCCGCCGAGUCGCCCACGAGUGACGUGGCGCUGCCCAAGCGCGAGCGCCGUCGGUCGUUCCUGGCGCGGCACCAGAAGAUCCAGGCGCUCAAGGACUUGCCACACUUGAAAGACACGGCGGUGCAGCGACGAGAAGCGCUUUUCCAGCAGAAACUCGAGCUCUGCUCGGUCAUUUUUAAUUUUGACGACCCCACGUCGGAUAAACGGGGCAAGGACUUGAAGCGCCAGACGCUGUUGGAGCUGGUGGAUUAUGUGAACAAUCCUGGAGGUCAAAAGAUCUUUACGGAAGCGCUGAUGCCGGAUAUAAUGGCAAUGGUGUCGGUCAACAUUUGCCGCGCGUUGCCGCCGCAGACGGAGGAUUUUGAUCCGGAAGAGGACGAGCCUGUAUUGGAAGCGUCGUGGCCACAUCUUCAAGUGGUGUAUGAAUUUUUCCUGCGCUUUAUCGUCUCGGGCGAGGUGAAUGCAAAGGUGGCGAAGAAGUAUGUGGACCAGAAGUUUUGUCUCUCGAUCAUUGACCUGUUUGACAGCGAAGACCCGCGCGAGCGGGAUUACCUCAAGACGAUUUUGCACCGCAUAUACGGCAAGUUUAUGUCGCACCGAUCGUUUAUCCGCAAGGCCAUCAGCAAUGUGUUCUAUCGUUUCGUCUACGAGACGGAGCGACACAAUGGCGUGGGCGAGCUUUUGGAGAUCUUGGGCAGUAUCAUUAACGGCUUUGCGAUGCCUUUGAAGGCGGAACACUUGCAGUUUCUGGUGCGUGCGCUCGUGCCACUGCAUAAACCAAAGUGCGUAUCAAUGUACCACCAGCAGCUUUCCUAUUGCAUCACACAGUAUGUAGAGAAGGAUCCCGAGACAGCAGUGCACAUCAUUCAAGGUAUCAUCAAGUUCUGGCCGUGGUCGUGCUCGUCGAAGCAAGUGAUUUUUCUGAACGAGUUGGAAGAGAUUCUGGAGCUCAUGGGCAGCGAACAGCUGCAAAAGGUGCACAAGCCACUCUUUAACGGCUUGGCCAAGUGGCUCGGCAGCCAGCACUUUCAGGUCUCAGAGCGGUCGCUGUUCUUGUGGAAUAAUGAACACCUCGUCAAUAACGGUUGCUUGAGCAAGCAGCACGCACAUUUGAUUUUGCCAGUCAUUUAUGGCCCUCUUCAUAGGAACUCGUUGGGACACUGGAACACCACUGUUGAAGGACUCGCUCAGAACGUGUUGAAACUCUACAUGGACUACGACAUGGCACUCUAUGACCGCUGUGCAAAGGAUUAUUCGCUGAAAGAGCAAGCUAUGGCUGACGUCAAGGAAAAAGAGCGAGAGAAGUGGCGGAAAAUAGAGAUGAUGGCAGCAGCAAAGGCUCCAUCGUCAACGGCCUAG